CGUCGUCUCCAGGUGCCGCUUCAGAACCGGCGCGAUGGGCAAGAAGGGCAAGAAAGAGAAGGGCCGCUGCGCGGCUAAGAUGGAGAAGAAGGUGUCCAAGCGCUCGCGGAAGGAGGAGAGAGUCAAGAAAGACGUGGACAAAGGCACCCAGCACUCAGAAAUGUUCCUGCUGAAGCCUGAGGAAGGGGGAGAAGGCAAAUGGACUUGGACCCGGAUUAACCCUUCAGGGGUCAAGCCUACUCCAAGGUCUGGCUUUUCUGUGGCCCUGGCUCCAAAUCAUCAGAUACUGGUCUUCGGGGGCGUGUGUGAUGAGGAGGAGGAGGAGAGCCUGGAGGGCUCAUUCUUUAGUGACUUACAUAUCUACGAUCCUGCCAGGAGUCGCUGGUUCACAGCACAGCUAAAAGGCCCCAAGUCGGAGAAGAAGAAACGGAGGCGGGGCAAAGUAGAGGACCAUGAAGGUGCCACUGAAGAGGAGAGUGGGGGGACUGGUGCCCCUGAGCCACUGGAGGUGAUAAAGGAGGUGGUGGCUGAAGAUGGGACAGUGAUCACCAUCAAACAAGUGCUUGCUCCCUCUGGGCUGCCGGUGCGACCCCCACCUAAGGCUGAAGACAGUGCUCUGGAGGCCAGCAGCACUGGGCAGGAGCCAUGUCCGCGUUCAAAUGCCAUGCUGGCCGUCAAGCAUGGACUGCUCUAUGUCUAUGGUGGCAUGUUUGAAGCUGGUGAUCGCCAGGUGACCCUUAGUGACCUCUACUGCCUUGACCUUCACAAGAUGGAAGAAUGGAAAACCUUGGUAGAGAUGGAUCCAACCUUGCUGGAGCCAUCACCAAGACGGCCUGGAAUGCCUGAUAAGGAUGCCAUGGGAGUUUCUCACUACACUUACGAAGGAGCCCUGACAUGCAAGCUGAGAAUGGAACAGCAUGGCCCUGUGACUCUGUCAUCUUGAUGGUAACCGUGAUGACCGCAGGGAUGGACGCAUUGCAGUGGCAGCACAGCUGCUUGUGGCUCUUGCUGGACUCGAGGCUCCGUGAGUCACUUGCCAUCUGCACUCUAUCAACACUAGCCUCUGGCUCCCCACCUUGGUUCUCACAUUCUAAGCCCAUUGGGAAGAUGCAGGAGACACGGAUUCAGGCUCACAGCCUGGGGUGGUGGCUUGCCUUCUAGAUGAUGCUGCACUGCCUCCCCACCUCCAACAGAAGACUCUGGGUACCAGGAGUCAGCACUCGGAGCAGUGCUGGGUGACACCAGCGAUGAUGAUAGGACCAGCCGUAAACCAGGCCCCACAUCCUGGGCUCCCCCACCCUCUAGUGCAGGGGUUCUUAGCCUUCCUUCUAUGGUGACCCUGUAAUACAGUUUCCUAUCCAGAGAAACCAGCUUCACUCAGGGUCCCAUGGCAUCUAUAUAGAAACUACCUUGGAUCCCCUGUUCACAUCCUAACACUGGGGAUCUGGUGGUGGGUUUCAUGGGACAUCAGGUCUGUGGAAAGUAUCCCGUGAUACUUGCUCCUGCUUCUCAAAUCCUCAUUCAUGAAGACUUCUAAAGCCAAGCCACGGCAUCAUGUGUUUUUAAUCCCAGCACUCAGAAGGCAAAGGUCGGCAGAUCUCUUUGAGUUUAGGGCCAGCCUGGCUUUCACAGUGAGCUCCAGGGUAGCCAGAGCUACAUAGAGAGACUUUGUCUCAAGAAAACACACAAACAACAACAACAACCAAACAACAACAAAGAAUUCAUCUGGGGCCUGACAGGGCUGUGGCCAGCAACCCUAGCCUCUGAGCUGUCCCUCAUCCACCAGGGUUCCAAAAUACAAGGGAGACAGUAAAACGAAACAUUGGAAGCUAGUUCAUUGGAUGCUUGGGGAUGCUGGGAUGCACAUAUCAGCUUUCAUCCAGCACCAUGGCCUUUCUGGCUGUUAUUUCCCAACUUUCUGUAUGUGGUAAGGGCGCUGCUUACGUUCACAACAGUAAAAACUCCUAGAGCUUAGCAGGUUCCUAAAAUCCCAGGUGAGCAGCCUCACUUGCCACUCACAGCCACUUCCAGGUGGUCUUGGGGGCAGUGGGAGGGGCUAACACAGGGUAGGGUCAGACCUCAAUACUGAGGUAGAAAUUCUGCCUUUCUUUCAUCCUCUUAGAGCUCUUGUGCUCCCUUUCUAGACCACAGACACCACGGGGGGAUAGGUGUCCCACUAGCUGACACCUGUGCUUUGGACUGUGGAUCAAAGGUUGACCAGAAAGGAGCAAAACUUCAGUCACAUAGUCUAAUGGCUCAGUGGGAGCUGGAUGCUUUCAGGCAGCCUUCACGGUCUGUGUAUCUUCCAGAUAGACACAUACCUUCCUGAGGCCUCUGGCCUAGGAGCCCAAUGCCUGUGAAGUAGCUUCCCAGCCCCAGGCUCUCUGCAAGGAAUGAUAGAGACUUUCAGCUUCAUAUACCUUCUGCCUCUGAGGGGGGAGACAACCACUACCUCUCCUCUCAAAGUUCCAGCAACAAACUUAGGUACAUAACAACAUUUUACCUUGGGGAAACAACAACCUUAUUGGAUUUCUUUACAGAGCCUGGGCAGAGGUUACUGACAGGAAUAUGGGUGGUGCUUUCCCUUAAAUGCCACUCUGGAAAGUCUUUAUCCAGAACGGCUGUUGGCAUCUCCAUAGCCACACAGAUGGAGCCUCUGCCCCUAAUUCUUCCCUCAUCUAUAUCCUCUAUCCCUCCCCCAAGACCUACAGACCACGUGCAAUCAGGGCAGAAGAGCGCACAGCUAUUUGCAAUGGGGGAAUUGGCUACUCAGGUGAGGGCUCCCCACCCCACUUCUAAGGGAAAGUCAACAACCAAUAAGCUGAGCCGUGAUGAUCUCCUGCAAGCAGGCACAGGUGAUCUGGUGAAGAUGGUGGUAGAUUGGCUCAGUGGAUAACCCUGUAAACACUCUCACAAAGGUACGACAUGUGUCACUGCAGAGCACAGAGACACACAUGGGCAAGUCCUGGGCUUCCCACAGGGCAGCGUCCUCAAGCCUGAGACUGUGGUGACUGUGGCUUCCCUGUCUGCUGCCUCCUGACUCUAAGAGACUGGCUGAGACCAGCCCAGGCUCCCAUACUUGCCUAAGUGGUUUCCAGGGAGCCAGCGUGGGGCACUUUCUCCAGCCCUGAGGCUAACACUAUGCGCUGACAGCGAGGAAUAAAAAACACAAGAUGUUCCCUGGUGCUCGAUGGCCCCUUUUGAACCUCAAGAUUAAAGCCGCCUAGUCUGAGUGGGGCAGUUAUUGAUCCGAAAUACCAAGUCUCACCUGAGCCCUCCACUGCCACCCCAGCUAUUCUGUCCCCCUGGAAAAGAUGUCUCUUGGGGCCCAUGUGAACCCAACCCAGCACCACCAAAUCUAGUGUUCCACAAAUCCUGCAUCUUCCAAGUUUCAGAGAAUGCACAAGUUGUUCCGAGACUGCAGCUGCUCUCAACACCUGUCAGGCAGGUUGAUUUCAGGAAGCCUGGGGGGCCCAUGGUUAGACUGUACCUUGGUCCCGUCCCCCAACAUCAACUCUAAUGUGGAACGCCAAGUGACCCCAAAGUGUAUUUUGUUUCGUUUG